ACACAGCCAAGUCUCCUGCUCCGACACAGAUGUUCCUCCAGCAGCUCCCAGUAACGCUGCUCCACGGAUACAAUGCCAUACCCAGAGGUGUGUGGUCCACCUCAGCCUCCUAGGAGGACUCGCUGCUGAUGAAAUCAAAUGCUUAGAGAAGCAUGAGAUGCGGGGCUUUAUCUAAUGUUUUAUCUCAGCUAGAGUGGCUGCUGAACUGCCACUACUUAGUAUAGUGGUGCUUUACACCACUGCAAAUUUCUUCAAAGCAAACUCUAGUAAAAUCCUCUAAUUUCCCUCUGAUUGCAAACCGGUGUGAAGACUGGAAUGAUUUGCCUGUUGGAAGAAUGUUGACUCUCGAGUGGGAGUCGGAGGGACUACAAACAGUGGGUAUUGUUGUGAUUAUAUUUGCAUCUCUGAAGCUGCUUCAUUUGCUGGGACUGAUUGAUUUUUCAGAAGGUUUCCUCUACGCUCAGAACAGUACCAAACGCAGCAUUAAAGAGCGACUUAUGAAGCUCUUGCCCUGCUCGGCAACCAAAACGACAUCUCCUGUUACUCAAAACACUGUAGAAGAUGAAAUGGAAAUGGCCACAGUACGACAUAGACCUGAAGCUCUUGAACUCCUGGAAGCACAGAGUAAAUUCACAAAGAAGGAACUUCAGAUCUUAUAUAGAGGUUUCAAGAAUGAAUGCCCCAGUGGUGUUGUCAAUGAAGAAACCUUCAAAGAGAUUUACUCUCAGUUCUUUCCACAGGGAGAUUCCACAACAUAUGCACAUUUUCUGUUUAAUGCAUUUGACACUGAUCACAAUGGAUCUGUAAGUUUUGAGGAUUUUGUUAUGGGCCUCUCAAUUUUACUCCGAGGGACAGUACAGGAGAAACUGAACUGGGCUUUCAAUUUGUAUGAUAUAAAUAAGGACGGAUAUAUAACUAAAGAGGAAAUGCUUGAUAUCAUGAAAGCAAUAUAUGAUAUGAUGGGGAAAUGCACCUAUCCUGUUCUCAAAGAAGAUGCACCUAGACAACAUGUGGAAACAUUUUUCCAGAAAAUGGACAAGAACAAAGAUGGAGUAGUUACCAUAGAUGAAUUCAUUGAGAGCUGCCAGAAAGAUGAGAAUAUAAUGCGAUCCAUGCAGCUCUUUGAAAACGUGAUUUAAUGAAGACAUUAGGUCUACAACUAAUGGACAAAUAUGAGCUAUUCUGCAACAUUAUCUAAAAAAUGGAUUUACCACUUUAUCAUAAAUAAAGUUACUCAGCUUUACACUGAGACAUGUA